UCACGUGACAGUCCUUUAAGACUUUCGCUGACGUUGUGCUUGCUUUAGGUGAAGUUGGUCUAGGAAGAAGUUUGUUAACGGUAGACGACCUGUGCAUUAAAACACAAUGUCUGCAAAACUAAAUAGUGAUGGCAAAGCAGAACUGGAGCUCAAAAGCCCUUUAAGGGAUGAUUUGAAAGCACCUUCUAACGAAGAAGUAGCAGCUUGUCGGCCAUGUCGGCUUGCUAUUGUUGUCAUAUUCACUCUCGUUCUCGUAGCCAUGCUUGUAGCCGCGAUCGUAGUGAUUGCAACGAGCAAAAGAUGUGGAAAACCAUUGCAGAGAACAGAGUUCUGGAAAACGGAGACCUUUUAUCAGAUUCAUGUGCCAUCUUUCCAAGAUACAAGUGAUGAUGGGAAGGGAGACCUUAAAGGAAUCGUAACGCGGUUAGCCUAUUUGGAAUCAAUAGGAGUCAAAGUAUUGGUUCUAUCAGGGCUGGUUUCAGAUAAAGAAUUUCAAAAUUUCGCAAAGGAUGAAGACAAAAAUGAGUUUGGAAACCUCGUUAGUAAGGCAAAAGAGCGUGGCAUUAGCAUAGUUCUUGAAAUGGAUCCAACCUACACAAGUUCAAGUAGUCCCUGGUUCCAAGGAAGCGCAGCAUCAAAAGACAACGCGUAUAGAUCGUGGUACCAUUGGAGUAAGACAACUAACAACUGGCAGAGCAUGUCUGGCGGAGUAGCCUGGCAGAUGCACACGAGCACAAACUUUUCGUACUACUUUUAUGUAGACAAGGACAAACCUGCACUCAACUACAAUACCAGUUCAGUGAAAGAUGAGUUCAAGAAAGCCUUGAUUGCCUGGAUGGACAGGGGUGCUAAAGGAUUUAAACUUAACAACUUCCAAAGGCUUGUUGUUGAUGGCCGGUACAGUGAUAAUCCGUCUUCUCAAUUUGUUAACGAUAAAGAUUUGAAGGCAACGCACAAUGUCCUCAAAGAGUUUCACAAAGUGGUGGCUACAAGAGGGGGCUUUUUGAUGGGUGCUCUUGAGGAAAUAGCUGACAGUAAAAAUACACGAGUUUACUAUGGAAAUGAAAAAGAGAAAGAACUUGAUCUGGUUUUGAACAGUCAUUUCACUGGUACUUUCUCAGGUAACCCAGGAGUGUUUGUUAACAAAACUUUAUCAGAUUACCUUCAGGCUGUUCCUAGUUUCAGCUGGCCAGGUUGGAUUUUCGACGGACCAGAGUUCAAGCAAAGGCUUGGUCAGAGGUUUUCUCAAAAGGAGCUUGUAUGGCUUAAUAAUGUGCUGCAGCUUACAUUGCCAGGAACCCCUGUCUUCUAUUAUGGUGAUGAACUAGGCUUGAAAGAUGUAAUUACAGAGGCAAUGGCAUGGGACAAUACUGAUAAUGGAGGUUUUUCCAAAAAAAAUCCAUGGUAUUCUAAUACUAAAGUGAAGCAGGUCACCAAUGUGGAAGAACAGAAGAAAAAGAAUGAGACAUAUACUAUUUUCAAGCAAGUGAAUGAAUUAAGAUUGAAGGAACGUUCUCUACAAAGCCUGAAUGUAAAAGUAUGGUAUGCCACUGGUUCUGUUAUCAUUUUUCAACGGUAUCUAGAAGGUCAGAAAAGCUUUGUAGUUGCCUUGAACUUCGGGAAUAAGCAGGAGUCAGCAAGCCUAUCCAACCCUGGUGUAAAUAAAGGCAUCAUUCGUAUUGAUACAAGGUUUGAAAUCAUUAGCAGAGAACUGAACUUCAAUCAAAUAAACUUGAAACCUUUCCAAGGACUUAUUUUGGAAGUACUGAAUUGAUUUUUUUCUAAUAGUUGCGUCUUCUGUGCAAUCUUAUGAGCAUUUUUUGCUAGAGCUUGGAGAACAAGGGCACCUAACAGUUUUCUUACGAUCUCUGUUAGCUUUCUAAUAAUAUCUACAAUUUUCCUUUUUAUGCUAUGUUAAUAAGAUCUUAUACUUGCAAGCACUUAAACCUUCAAGUACUUUUGGAAGAAGCAGUUUUAAACUUAAGAAAAAGCAAAGAGUUAUAUACUGGAGCAAGAACAAGCCAGUCAUUAAAUUUGUAAAGGGGCUAGAAGAGAAUCAUUUCAGAAGAAUCCAUGAUUAGAUCUGAUAUAUAUAUCCUGAUGUUGGGCAAAACCUUUCAACUGCAGACUGUUUGAGGAGUCAGUUGUUUUCCUUAACUAUUGAUAUAUAGCCCUUAUAUGAUUGUCAGGCCAUCUGUUAACAUAGUUUUGUUAAAUCCUUGUUAAAAUUCCCUCACACAUUGCCAAACAAUAAAGUCAGAUUGAAACCCAUCUACAAUUUUAGCUUCUGUGAAUUUGCUUUACAUUAUACACCUAUCUUGGUUUUAAAAGAAUUUGCAAUCAAAAAAUGCAUUUCUGCUAUAAAUAACUUGAUAUUGUAUAGUUUAAGUUGCCAGGUGUUGUCAAGUAAAAUGUUUUUAAGCUAAUUUGCUUGAAGACUUGUUUUGAGUUUACUCACAAGUUAUUUUGACGGGACAUGUCUCUUCUUCUUAAGUCAAAAUAUAACUUGUAGCAGUGUUGAUUCAUUAGUUUCAUUUCAUUGCUUUUGGCAUCUAAUUAUACUAUUGAUUUUUAAUUCCAUUUUUAUUGACUAUUGUUGAAUAAUGCUUAGCCCUGUAUCAACUCAGUAGAUUAUGUUACAGACUAGUUCAUGUUCAAUACUUUAUCAUUGUAGUUUUCUUUUUGUACAACAGAUAGUUUCAUUUAAACCUGGGGGCUGAUUCCUUAAAUCCCUUAUGAAGAGGUCAAGAUAUUUAGGAUAUCUAUAUUAUCCUAUAUCCUAUAUCUUGAGUUGAGAGUUAAUUACUGGUCCCCUUUGAUUUGGCUUUCAGGAAGCUGUCCGUAGUUUUCAAACAGUUUGAAGUCUUGCAAGUUCGUUAUCUCUGCAGAUUAAAGGAAAGUUUUUUAAAAAGCUGUUGAAAGAGUUGGUUGACAUACAUAAGAAGUAGAAAAGAAAAAUUUCUGGUGUAUCAACUUUGUUUAAAUGUGUAUUAGAGAUGUAGGAGCAUGGGGGAGCACAAAGAGCACUGUUAAGCAAGGAGAGAAUGCACCUUCUAUGUUGAAUUUCUACUGUCACUACCCCCUUUUGCCAAAACUUUGUUUUUAAUGCUGACCGUAACAAAUGCCCUUCCAAAAGAAGUGUCACUGCUAUUUUUAAACGUUUCCUAUGACCUCGAAGUAGAUCGAUGGAAAGAUGCAAUAAGAUGUAUUGUAUUAAGUUAUAAUGUAGCCAUCGAAGCACACAGUGUUGUUCCUAAUCUUUUAAUCUUAUAAUUAGAAAACGAUCACAAAUCACUGCAAAUAUUCUUCUUGAGCGUAGCAAAAACUAUUGUUUGAUACUUGUCAUGUGAACAAUCAAGGGGUUGAUUUGUAAUGUAUAGUCAUUAAAUUAUGAAGUAUUGUAAUCAAGAUGUCCUUAAUUUCUCUUAUUUUGUAUUAUUUUCAUCAAGAUGGUAACGUCUUAGAAAAUAUGAUGUGUUAAA